AUGGAUCGUAUACCACCAGAGAUACUCUUACACAUCUUCGAGUUCCUUGAUGACCCGGCUCCGUCGCAAGUGCGGCUUCGCGAUCAACCGAGCGACGACAUGCUGGAUGCUAAGUCUUUAUAUUCUCAAUCACUCAAAACCAUAUCCUUCGUUUGCAUGACUUGGCGGUCUCUUGUGCUCCCUAGCCUAUUCCGUCAUAUCUUAUGGAGACCCAAGAUAUCCUCGCUCAGCGCUUUCACAUUGAACCCGAUACCACUUCUACGCUUCCUAGAAGAUAAUCGGCUGGGUCGCAGCGUCACGACUUUUACUAUGAUCGUCGACUUCGUAGAUAAGGAUGCCGGUGCCAAGCAAAUCACUCCUGAGAUACGCUCUGUCGAUCUAGAAUGGUUAUGGGAUCAGCUGUUCUCCGUCAUCGACCCUCUAAGGUUCACUAUCAUUACUCCCCCUAAUACUCUCGCUUCAUUCUUAUCCCGCAUGCUCUUCUUAGACGAUGCCUGGUCGUUUAGCAUUCCUUAUCAUAUUCUCUCACUCGCCCGAACGACUAGAGAUCCGCGUGGCAAGUCGAGUACACAUACAGAAUCAUCUAACUCAGAUAUCCAUCCCUCUUCGUCACAGCACCAUUCUUCUACGAUAACAACCCAGGUGGCUUCGGCAGGUCCUUCCGCUACCUCGUAUUCGAUCCGCUAUAGAAGACCACCGCCGUGUCCGCUCUUCACCGUUCGUCCUUGGACUUCGCUACUCCUGAAUGAAGGUUCGUCUACUAAGGUUUAUCGAACAUAUGAAUUCUUUCUGCGGCGACCACCAUCCAUGCUUGGGGCCCUCCUUGGAUGCGAGGAACACCCUAACGAUACCCCUCUUAUACCGCCUACUAUCACUGACUUCAAUUACAUCGCCAUAUUCCCUUUAUCAUCUCACUUUGAGAUCCUACUCCAGAAUCUACCAAAGCUUGACCGUCUCUUUGUGCAGUUGACCCCCGGGCCUGAAAACCGGAUCUUAGAGGCAGAAGAUGAGAUGAAGCACAUAGAUCCAGCAGACCUCUGGAUGGAGCGCAAUACAGCAUACAGCUCCCUGAUGCGCGAACUUACCUUUGCCGCUGACCCCGUGGUGUACCCAAGAAACUGGGCGUCUCUACGAGUUUUUGAGAGCGGUGAUGCGGCAGACCACGAAGCCUGGGAUAUGGCGGUACAAUUUAUCGAACGCAGUGGCGCUAAAAGUUGGAAGGUAGAACGGCCAGGCGUUUUUGUCAAGGAGGACGAAGAGGGAAAUUGCCCCAAUACUGACCAGGAGGUUGAUGGUCAUGUUGGACCACCGGCCUCCUUGGAAGAACCAAUUUUGUCAGUAUAG